AUGAAGCUUUUACCAUCUCUCGCUUCUGUCGCUUUGACAUACGAGCAGCCAAACGCGACAACUUCGGCUGCGACAACAUCGACUGCUGCUUCUUCCGCGGCGACAACAACGACGGUUCUUCCGGCUACAAAAUUCUCGAGCUUCAACAUUCAAGUAUUCGGAACCACAAAAUACGGAAAAGAGCCUGUGAAAAACCAAAUCGUCGAAAUUCUCAAGCGCUACGAUAUUGCUACUAUCCAGGAAAUCCGAGACAUCUCCGAAACAGCAUUCCCAAGUCUCGUUACCGACAUCAACGUAGCCGACGACAAAUACGACUGGUUCACUGGAGAGCGCCAAGGAACAACUUCAAGCAAGGAACAAGUCGGAUUCAUUUGGGAUCGUAACAUGUUCUCGAAGGUGGAUGGCUACGACUUCAACGACACCUCGACCGCAUGGUUUGAGCGACCACCAACCGUGCUCGUUCUGGAGCGCACUAGUCCAAACGCGCUUGAUUUCCAGACUCAAAAAGUCGGCAUCAUUUCUGCUCAUUUAAAACCAGAAAGCGGGGUGACGAACAUGGUCACGGAAGAUGAAAUCAAUCACCUUCAAGACGUCGAAGACGAUCUUAGAAGUCGCCAUCCAACCCUCGACGAUGUCGUCAUCGCUGGCGAUUUCAACGCCGACUGCGAUUACGUCCGUGAUCCUCAAGAUUUGACGCUAUUUUCUUCCGGAAACAACACGUGGCUUAUUUCUUUCGAUGAUGACACAACUGUCAAAAGCACAGUUUGCGCCUAUGAUCACAUUGUUCUUUCUGGGCAGAUCGAGAACAACUUCGUCGCAGGCUCUGGACAAGUUUUCGAUUAUCAAACCUUUUACAACACUGACUCCAUCUUUUUCAACGGCGAUCCUAUAACUGAGCUGGUUUCUGAUCAUUUUCCUGUCGAGUUUGAAUUUUAUUAA